UCAGUUCGCGGAUUGUCAAUUGACCAAACUGCCAAACUCAACUCGGUGUCACCUUGAGAGAAAAGAAAAUUCAAUUUCGGCAAAACUCAUUCAUAAUUCCAGCCUCAACGCAUAAAAAGCUUCACUUGUCCCUUCGUAAUUUCCACAACAACAACAAGAAAAAUAACAAGAAGGGAAAGUGAUUACAACAAAUUACAUUUUCUUUUACAUCAACGGUAAUUUUGAGUAUACAUAAAAGUGCGUGUGUCGAGCGUUGAAGCAAAAAGAAUAAAACCGUUGUUCUUAAAAUACGUUUAAAAAAAUUAUUUAAUUUGUUGAAAAAAAGCAAGUGUGUAAUUUAAAAAGAAAGUAAUCGAAAUGGCUACGACUACAACGGUUAAACAACGUUUCAUCGAACGUGGCUCCCAUAAGGGUAAAGGUCUGGCUGUGUUCACCAGUGGAGGUGAUUCGCAGGGUAUGAAUGCCGCUGUUCGUGCCUGUGUUCGCAUGGCGAUUUAUUUGGGAUGCAAGGCCUACUUCAUUCGUGAAGGCUACCAGGGUAUGGUAGAUGGUGGCGAUAACAUUGUCGAAGCCAAUUGGGCCUCUGUAUCGUCCAUUAUUCAUCGUGGUGGCACUGUUAUUGGUUCGGCCAGAUGUAUGGACUUUAAGCAACGUGCAGGCCGCUUGAAGGCUGCCAAUAACCUCAUUCAAAGAGGAAUUUCCAAUUUGGUUGUCAUUGGUGGUGAUGGUUCUUUGACUGGUGCUAAUCUCUUCCGUCAAGAAUGGUCUUCCUUGUUGGAUGAACUUUUGAAAAAUGGACAAAUUACUGAAGAGCAAAAAACCAAAUAUGCUGUUUUGCAUAUUGUUGGUAUGGUUGGCUCCAUCGAUAAUGAUUUCUGUGGUACCGACAUGACAAUUGGUACCGAUUCCGCUUUGCAUCGUAUUAUCGAGGCCAUUGAUGCCAUUGUCAGCACUGCUUACUCUCAUCAACGUACAUUCAUUAUGGAAGUUAUGGGCAGACACUGCGGUUAUUUAGCCCUACAAGCCGGUAUGUCCUCUGGUUCAGAUUAUAUAUUUAUACCCGAAGAUCCUGCUCGCGAGAAUUGGAGAGAAAUGUUAUGCGAAAAAUUACUUCAGGAGCGUAAUGCUGGUCAACGCUUGAAUAUUAUUAUUGUCGCCGAGGGUGCUAUUGAUCGUGAUGGCAAACCUAUCUCUGCCGAAGAUAUUAAAAAGGUUGUUGUGGACAAGUUGCAACAGGAUACCCGUAUUACCGUAUUGGGUCAUGUCCAACGUGGUGGUAAUCCCAGUGCUUUCGAUCGUGUUUUGGGUUGUCGUAUGGGUGCCGAAGCCACAUUGGCUUUAAUGGAAGCCACCUCGGAAUCAGUACCUGUUGUCGUCUCCUUGGAUGGUAAUCAAGCUGUACGUGUGCCCUUGAUGGAGUGUGUCGAACGCACUCAAGCUGUUGCCAAGGCCAUGGCUGACAAGAACUGGGAGUUGGCUGUCAAACUACGUGGUCGUUCGUUUGAGCGUAACUUGGAAACCUACAAGAUGUUGACCCGCUUGAAGCCACCAAAGCGUGAGGGACAAGUGAGUGGUUACCGUUUGGCUGUCAUGCACAUUGGUGCUCCAGCCUGUGGUAUGAAUGCUGCCGUUCGCAGUUUUGUGCGUAAUUGCAUUUAUCGUGGUGAUACCGUCUUCGGUAUCCACGAUGGUAUUGAAGGUUUAAUUGCUGGCAAUAUUAAAGAAAUGGGCUGGUCCGAUGUCACCGGCUGGGUUGGCCAAGGUGGUGCUUUCUUGGGUACUAAACGUACCUUGCCCGAAUGCAAGUUCAAUGAAAUUGCUGCUCGCCUCAAGGAGUUCAAGAUUCAAGGUCUUUUGAUUAUUGGUGGUUUCGAAGCUUAUCAUGCUUGUGGACAAAUUGCCGAUCAACGUGCAAAUUUCCCUGAAUUCUGUAUUCCAAUGGCCGUUAUUCCAUCGACCAUUUCCAACAAUGUACCUGGCACCGAAUUCUCCUUGGGUUGCGACACCGGUCUCAAUGAAAUCACCGAAAUUUGCGAUCGCAUUCGUCAAUCUGCUCAAGGUACUAAGCGUCGUGUGUUCGUCAUUGAAACCAUGGGUGGUUAUUGUGGUUACUUGGCCACAUUGGCUGGUUUGGCUGGCGGUGCUGAUGCUGCCUACAUUUUCGAGGAGAAAUUCUCAAUUAAGGAUUUGCAACAGGAUGUCUACCACAUGGCCUCGAAGAUGGCUGAAGGUGUACAACGUGGUUUAAUUCUGCGCAAUGAAAAGGCUUCUGAGAACUAUAAUACCGAUUUCAUUUAUCGUUUGUAUUCUGAGGAAGGCAAAGGUUUAUUCUCCUGUCGUAUGAAUAUUUUGGGUCACAUGCAACAGGGUGGCUCUCCCACACCUUUUGAUCGUAACAUGGGCACCAAAAUGGCAGCCAAAUGUGUUGAUUGGUUCUCUGAACAAUUCAAGAAUAACAAGCAAGCUGAUGGCACUAUUAAAUGCACCAACAAAGAGUCGGCUGUGCUUUUGGGCAUUGUUAGACGACAAUACAGAUUUACUCCAUUGGCUGAUUUAAUUGCUGAAACUAACUUUGAACAACGUAUUCCUAAGACACAAUGGUGGCUGAAAUUGCGUCCCCUUCUCAGAAUAUUGGCUAAACACGACUCUGCCUACGAGGAAGAAGGUUUGUACAUUACCGUAGAAGAAGAAUGCUCUACCGAUGCCGUGGCCUAAGUUGUCGUCAUGAUGUCGUACGCUCUGCAAACAGCGAAAUCAUUUUCACUCAUAUGAUUUCUUUGCUAUCCCGCAGCCAGUCUAGAGUAAAACAAAAUGAAUGUUCUAAACUACAACUGUUUCAGUUCUGCACAAAAAGCUUGAGAUGAAGAUUGAGCUUGAUGGCCUAAAUUAAAAACAAAAAAUAGUAGAAAAGCUUUUUAUUCUUUAAUCGUAACAAUUUUUUUUUAUAGUUUAGAUUGCACUUUCUUUUUUGAAAAGUUGUAUUUUUUUAAGUAUUUCGAAUUGAAUAUCAUAAUUCUUAUUAUUUAUUUUUCGAAAAUAAGGCAUUAUUUUGGCGUUUCAUUUUUAAAUAGUUUUUACAUAUCAAAAGUUGUUAAUAAACUCAGGACAGGUUAUUUGUUUUUGACCCAGUUUUUAUUCAUAUUACGAAUAUAUGAUAAUGAAAACAAUCUUCUCAUCCCACAUUGAUUUUUUAGCUAUUUAUUUUCUUUUCAUAUAAAUUAAAAAUCAGGAAACACAUUCAUUAGUUCUCUAUGCCGUUAUCCAUGAAAAUAUGAUAUUGUAGUUACUAUUAUUAUUAUUGUUAGAAAAAAAACUAUGUAUUGUUACAACAACAAACAGCAAAAACACCAAUAAAACAUAAAAAAGAGAAACCAACACAAGAAUCUAAUUGGAAACAUAUUUUUUUGAAAUAAAUUUCAAGCUGCUAUUAUUGUAUGUAGAGGAUUUUGAUUGAUGCCAGUCAGCAUUCUUGUAAAUCUCCUUUAAAAAAAAAACCAACAACAACAAAUAGAAGUAUGGGUUUGUUAUAAUUGUUAACCAGUUGCAAACGAACUCUAUUUAUCGAAACAAUAACAAUAAAGUUAACUUUUUAAUAGAAACAUCCAUACAUUUUUUGAAAUAGUAUUUGAAACAAUAACAAUAUAUACUGCAUGUGUACUCAACACCACCACACCGAUCAUCAUCUAUACAAGAUAAAUUAAUUCAGAAAUGUUGUACAAUUUUGAAUGUGAAAACUAUAAAUAAAUUGAAAUAAAAAUUAAAAAAACAUA